AUGAAUGCAGCCGGUGUAGAAGCUUUUGCUUCAGGAAAGAGCGAGCUUGCCAUUCAUCACCUGAACAGCGCCCUUGUCAUUAUCAACAAGCUUCUCCUGAUACACUGCGAUCAGUAUGACCACGCUACGCAAUCUCUGGACCCUCGCUUGAAGGAUGCUCAAGGUACCCCAAGAAGCAGCAGCACGCGAAGAGAUGAUAUCUUGGUCAGACCGACAUCCAAGGAAAUCAAGGUACUCCAAGAUGACCGUUUCUACAUUUACAACCAGGCGCUCUUAUUCUCAGCUCCGUUAUCGUUGGAUGAUCCACACGAGGACGAUGAUGAUGAAACCGCCUUUAUCUUUGGCUUGAAUCCCGUUCUACCCCAAGCAUCCUUCCGUGAUAUCCGGAUCUGGUACAUUCAAGUUUCCUUCUUCUGGUCCAUCAUCCAUUUCAACAUGGCUUUGGUCCUUCACAAGCUCAUUCACGAAACGCAAGAAAACAACAAGAGGUAUCGAGAAGAAGCUAUACUGUUCUACAAGCUAUGCCUCCAGAAUCUUUGGGUGAUCCCGGCCACAUCUGCCACCAUGAAUCUCUUGAUGCUCUCUGCGGUGAACAAUCUCGCUCAUGUGUACCUGAACAUGCAUACCUGCUGCGGAACAGUUGGGAGUUGGGGCCACCCAGCACCGACCACACCAAGCUGGAGCACAAGAAGAUCCACAGACUGCCCCGCGGCCAAGAGGCCCAAAGUGGCAAGCAGCACCCAGUCGCUGCUCCCACCGGACCUUCACCUCUGCGAUCAGACAGAGUUGAUUCAAGGGCUCCUGCUAAGGGCGAUUGGAAAAGUCAUUGCCAAUGACAGGUCGCUUUCAAACGAACAGCGCCAACAAGUCACGGAGAUGUCCGUCAACCACAUUGUUCUGUCGGCUCUCAGUCCUUGCUAUGUAGCAGCUGGAGCCUAG